CAAUGUUGGUAAUAAUAAUAAUAAUAAUAAUUAUGUUCACAUGAUCAAACAUGAUCAUCAAAGCUGGACAUUACGAUCAAAUAUAACAAUUGUGAUCAAUAAUAAAGAACCAAAUAUACGUAAUAUAGCUUGUAUUGCCUAUUCAACGAAUGGAAAAUUCGAAACAUUAUCUACAACUCAUCAAAUCAAUGUGAUUUAUCCACCAGAAAUGCCCAUUUUACUUGGCGUUAAAAAUGGCCAAGUAACCGUUUUUGUUGGUGAAAUAUUUAAAUGUAAAUGUGUUUGUUAUGGUGGUAAUCCACGUGCCAAUUUAAUCUGGUUGAAUCAAAAUGAUCGUGAGAUAUCCGCUUUAGCAACAACAACCGGUACUGGUAUUAAUAGUGAACUUGUAUUACGUCCAACUUCCAAUGAUCAUGGUCAAAUAUUUCGUUGUCACGUCGUACAUCCAUCGUUGGAAAAGCCAUAUGAAGUUUUCUUUACGCUUCAUGUAAUAUUUCCACCGGAUCAGCUAAACAUCACGUUUCCAAAGUUCAUUAAGGAAAAUGAUACAAUUAAGAUUGAAUGUACAUCAAGUCCAAGUAAUCCAUGUUCGACGUUAACAUUGUUAAAAACAAAUAAUCAUGAUGAUGGUAAUAGAAUGAUCAUGACUGAUGAUGAUGGCAAUGGUGAUGUCGAUGAUCAACAACAAGAUGUCCACAAUAAUAAUAAUAAUAAUAAUGAUAUUCACAUUGAAACCAUAUCAUACCGGCAAAUGUUUGCUAUCGACAAUGAUUAUGAUGAAAUUGAUCCAUCAGCGUUGAUAAAUUAUAAACAAAACAAUGAACAUCAACAAUUGAAUGAUGAUAAAAAGGGUGGCAUUUUAUAUCGAACGAAUUGUCGACGACAACAACAUGAACAUUUGAAUCUAUUUCGACCUUAUGAUAAUAACAUGAGUAUAUCAAAUUUUCAUUCAUCAUCAUCACCGAUAGCAUUAUCGAAUAAAAUUAUCUACAUAUUUCGUGUAAAUGCAAAUGAUGAUCAAACACAAUUGGCAUGUAUUGCUAAUAAUCCUUUGAUUACAAAUCACGCCAUACGAUCAGAUAGAAUAUUAAAUGUUCAUUAUAAGCCAAAAUUUUUGAAAACAAUCGAAACAAUCGAAUUGAAUGAACGAGAAAAUUUUCAGCUACAAAUAUUGUUACGAUCAAAUCCUAUAUCGAAUUCGAUACGUAUGAAUCGUAUUAUGAGAAAAAUAUCAACAUCGAAACAUGAUGAUGCUGAUAAUAAUCUUCAAUUAGAUCGAUUAUUAAUCGCUAAUCAACGAUCGGAUUUUUUAUUAGAAAAUUUAAAAUGGGAAAAUAUUCAAGAUUAUCUGGAAUUAAUACCAUCACAAUGGCAUUGGCAAUUAUCAGUGGAUAAUCAUAGCAUAUUGAUCGAUAUGUAUAAUGUAACACGAAAUGAUUAUGGCCUUUAUGUUUUACGUGCAGAAAAUUCUAUCGGUUAUUCAUUAAUGUUCAUACGGUUAUUCAUACGAACCAUUUCUUCUAUCGAUAAGAUUAGAGUUGUAGUGCCUAGAAAAACGUCUGUGAUGACCAACACUACCAAUCAAUCAUCAACCAUAAAUCACCGUAUCCAAAUGGAUAACAGUACCGCGAUUGAAAUAAUCGAAUUAAUUGAAAAUAAUGAUCGAAAUUUUCGUAUUGAAUGUGAUGUAAAUGAUGGUAAUCCAUCGUCAAUAAUUCGUUGGACGAAACAAUUUUUCAGUGAACAUUUACAACGCUUACAAAUUCAUAAUAUUCGACAUCAACAUCAGCAAUCGAAAUCAAUCAAUUAUUGGCCUUUAUCUAAUGAUCAUUAUCAUUAUCAUCAUACACAACAUCAUUCUGUGGAUAUACCUUACCUCUACGAUGAUAUGAAUGCUGAUGAUGAUGAUUAUAAUUUUUUAAUUAAUUCAAAUUUACAUUCAAGCGAUAUGUUUAUCGAUUGGUCACGUUCAAAUGUAACACAAACAGUUUUAUCGAAAAAGAAUUCCAAGCAAAUAGCAAAUUCAGCAGCAAACAAUCAUCAUCAACAACAACAUCCAAACUAUAGUCAUUAUAAUAAUAAUAAUAAUAGUUUAUCCAUACAUUCUGAAUUGGCAAUAAAUCAAGUAAACUUUGUUGAUUCCGGUAUUUAUACAUGUCAUACAAUGAAUGAUAGCCGUUCAAUAGCCAUACGUAUUCGACAUCGGCCAAGAAUAUUUGUACCAUAUAAUUUAAGGAAAAUAGCUGCAAAUAAUGGUGAACAACAAUCGGUAAAAUUUGUCUGCUCAGCAUUGGCAUAUCCGACAAAUGUUUAUUUCAAUUGGACACGAUUCACUACUGUUAAUGAUGAUGAUGAUGAUGAUGAUGAUCACAAUAACAAUAAUAAUAAUAAUGCUGAUAGUGAUGAAAUUCCAAAAAAACAACAACAACAAACAUCAAUGAUGCUGAUUAAUAGUGAUAAAUAUCGAGUGAUUUUUCCAUCAUCCUCUGAAUCGUCGUCCACAUCAUCAGCAUUGGAAACGGAAAUGAUAAUUAAAAAUUAUCAUCAUACAAGUGAAUUAAUUAUUCGUCAUCUCGAUAAUAAUGAUUAUGGUAUAUAUGAAUGUAUGGUUAAUAAUGAAUUUGGUAAUGAUCAUCAACGAUUUGAAUUGGUUCGAAAAAGCUAUCCAGAAAGUCCAAAAAAUUUACAAAUUCUAAAUCUAACACAUCAACAAGCAUUUUUACGAUGGAAUCCUGGUUUUAAUUAUGGCCAUGAACAAUCAUUUACGAUACGGUUAUGGUCCACGAAACAUUCAUUAACUUCUGAUGAUGAGUUUAGCGGUUAUGUUGAUGGUCAUGAUGAUGAUGAUCGUAUCGAUCCAAAACAACCGAAUGAUGGACGAAUAUUUGCCAACAUCAGCAAUAAUUAUUUUCAACUAAAUAACCUUGAACCGAAUACUCAUUAUCGUUUAUUAUUAUGGGCAAAAAAUCAUUUAGGUCGAAGUCGAAAAUCAUUACGAAAAACAUUUCAUACUUUAUCCAUAUUACAAUAUCAACAACAACAACAACAACAACAGAUGCAAAAUUUUAGGAAUAAAAAUCGCCAUCAUCAACAACAACCGACAAAUCCUUUAUAUGCAGCAUCAGCUGAUGAACAAAGUUUAAAUGGUCGUCUAAUUAUUUUGAAUGAUAAUGGUGUUAUUGGUGGUGGUAAUGGUGAUACAGCUGCAUCACAAUCAUCGACAAUUGGUGGCCAUCGUUCACAGAAUCGUCGUUUAGCAAUGGUUGUUGGUGAAGAUUUUGUCGAAUUAACCAUAUUGAUGGGUGGUUUAAUCAUAAUUCUAGCAAUUAUAUCAUUCAUAAUGAUUAUUUUCAUCUAUUGGCGUAAACGAAAUCAUCAUCAACAACAACAGCAGCAACAGCAUCAAUCAUCUAACAACAACAACAACAAAAUCAAUGAUAAAAUUAAUGAAUCACAGCAACAACAACAACAACAGCUACCAGAAAAUGGUUACAAUCAACAUCACCAUCUUACAAACCACAACAGUAACAACAAUGAUCGAUCCAAAACAAAAUUGAUGAUGAUGAUGAAUCAAAAUGAAUUUCAGCCAUCAAUAUCAGUUGAUGCAAAUAAUUCUGCUGCUGCUGCCGCCGCUACAACAACAUAUCAUUUAAUCAAAACGACUACCAAUGAUGGUGAUAAUAAUAUUUGUAAUGAAUUAAUGGCAGCAUCAUCUACACCAAUGGCCACUACACCAUCAUCAUCUUCGAUAGCGAUGAAUGAUUAUGUCAAUGUGAUUGAUGGUCAUCAUCAUACACAUCAUCAUUUGAAAUAUUAUAAUAAUGAAUCUAAUGGUCAUUAUCUAGCCAUCACAUCCAAUGACCAUCAUCAUCAUCACCAUCAUCAACAGUUGCAACAACAACAAAGAUAUGAAUUUCCAUAUGAAUUAACUACAAUAAAUGAUAGCCAAUCAAGUAAUGAUCAUCAUCAUCAUUCAUAUAAUCAUAAUCAUCACUCACAUCACAAUCAACAGCAUGGACAUCUAAUACAAUCAUCAUCAGAAUCAGAAUCAUCAUCAUCAUUUGAUAAACAAUUACAAUAUGUACUUUCACAUCAACAGAUAACAAAUGUCCAUCUAUUACCUGAUACAUUAGAACAAUUAACUAUUGAUUCGUCAACAUCACCACAACCACAACAACCGCUAUCAUCAAUAGCAUCAUUAUCAUCAUCAUCAUUAUUGUCACAUAUGACUAUUACUGAUCCAAUAAUGGCUACUGCUGGUACAUAUCAAAUUAGUUUUACACCCAUACAUUAUGGUGAUAAUGAUAAUAAUAAUGAGGAUGGUAGUGCCAACUAUGAAAUACAACCGGCAAUCAAUUCUGCUAAUGCUGCUGCUGCUACUAUAUAUUCUGGCAUGGAAAGUGGACAACAUUGUCAUGAUUAUCGAUUAAAUACAAUCAUAUCUUCAGAAUCAAUGAUUUUGACACCAUCAACAUCAACAAUCGUAACAACUACAGCUGCAACAAAAACAACAACACCAAAGGUUUCAUUUAUGGAACCAAAUAUCUAUAUUAAUAAUGAUAACAAUAAUUAUCGAUCAUCAUUAUCAUCGACAACAGCAACAAAACGUGUACAAAUUAUUCAAAGUUUACCGGUAUUAUCAUCAUCAACAACAACGACAACAGCAGCAGCAACGACAACAAUAUCAUCAAUAAUUAAUCCAUCUUCAUUGGCAACAUUAAAUGAAGAUGAUGAAAUAUAAUAAUACGAUUGUAUAUUAUUAUAAUAUUUAUAUUCUCUGUAAAUAAUCAUCAUACAGGAAACGAUUUUAGAAAAAAAAGGAAAUGGCCAUGACACAUACAUACAAAUAGCCAUCGUAUUAAGAAAUGCUUGAAUUGCUCACAAUAUUUAGUUAUUUUCUAUUAUUAGUUUUCCAUAAAGAGGAUAUUUGUUUUGUUUUGUUUUUGUUUUUUGUUUUUCCUAUUGAUUUUGUAGAAUGUACUAUUAUCAAUCCAUCGAUCAAUUUGGUACUACAACAAGCCUUUAGGCUAUAUACAGAAUUAUUAUGAUUAUUAUGAAUUGCAAUCGAUUGAACAUGAUGAUUGUCAAAUUGAUAAUUGUCAUGAUGGUGUUGAUGAAUAGUAAUAAGAUUUGUUUUUGUUUUUUUUUCUUUUUACAUUCGAUUAUAGUUUGAGAUAUUAGAUAUCAUCGAAAUUAAAGCAAUUUUUUCCGUUCAUAUAAAUAAUAAUGAUCAUAAUGUCCAUAUAUAUACAUUCUGUCCAUCAACAUUUAUAUAUUUGAGUUAUGUACCAUAAUCAUUGUACCCAAUAAACACACACACACACAUAUCCGAGCUUUGUAUUUUGAUUUUUAAAUUUGGCAUUGAUUGAU